AUGAAGCAUUACAGUAACAUAUACAGAUUGAGGCAAUCCAUUGCACCUUUUAACACCUUAAUGAGCGGCGCACAUCAAAUUGAUACUGUGUUGAGCACACUUCGUGUGGAAGCUGACCCUGAAUUAGAAUCUCUUUUCUAUGAAUUUGAAGAUCUUUACGAACAGAAAUUAUGGCACCAGUUGACACAGAGAUUGUCGGUUUUUUUUGAAGAUCCUAGAUCAACACCAUUAAGGUUAAGAGUUUACGAUAAUUUUGUUACGAGAUUCUACGACAAGAUCAAUCAAUUGAGCGUUGUAGAGUUUUUACUCUUAUCCCUAAAGGACAACGAUGAUUUUGAUGAAUCCCUGAAAUUCCUCAUGGAUUUGAAGGAAUCUUUCAAAAAGAUCGACGAGAAGACUCAAAGAAACAAUGGGCUAAAGAAUCACGAUUUUGGCUGUUUGCUUAUAGAUAUUGAAAUUGCAAGAAUAUAUCUAUUCAAGGGCGAAUUGGUCAAAAGCAGAGAUUCACUCGACGACUUGGAAAAGGUGCUAGACAUGGAGGAUUCAGUUCCGCUUAAAAUCACCAAUGCAUUCUAUUCCACAAAUGCUGAAUACUACGGUUUAAAAAAAGAUUUCAAUUCCUUUUACUACACAAGUCUGUUGAAUUUAUCUACGAUGACCACACCGGAACAACAAGGUCGCGAUGAACAAGAAAUGAAGGAACUCGCGUAUAAAUUAAGUAUCGCCGCUUUGCUGGGGGAUAAGAUUUAUAAUUUUGGAGAAAUCUUGAACCAUCCAAUAAUGAAUAGCAUUGUAGCGGAUCCACAAUAUAAAUGGCUUUUCGAUUUACUUAACGCAUUGACCUCUGGUGACUUUACAAAGUUUGAUAAACUUAUUGGUGUACAAAUUCCCAAGGUGCCCAUACUCGCAGAGAAUGAAUCAUUUUUGAGACAAAAAAUAUGCUUGGUGACUCUUGUAGAGAGUGUUUUUACCAAAGAUAUUAGAGCUCUGUCAUUCGAAGAUAUUGCAUCAGCUACUCAUCUACCAAAGGAUAACGUUGAACAUUUGGUAAUGAGAGCAAUAAGUUUGAACUUAAUCAAGGGUUCGAUUGAUCAAGUCAACGAAUUGGUCACUGUCACUUGGGUUCAACCACGUAUUAUCAAUAGUGAACAAAUUUCAAGAAUGAGGGACAAGCUGGUUGAUUGGAAUGAAGAAGUUGCCAAGUUAGGUGAAAAAAUUGAUGCUCAUGGUAAAUCAAUCUGGGUAUAG